CCAUCGCUGGAGCCUCCCACGUCACUUGCCACUGUCACCCGCUGCACGACGGCCACUGCUGCUCCUGCCCCACGGUUGCCACACCACCACCAUGACCACCGCGGCACAUCUCAGGUGGACCAUGCUGGGCCUUCUCACUCUCACCUUCUUCACCGCCUCCGCCGCUGUCACCGCCGUCAGACCUGAGGCUCUGCAGUGCAGACCUUGUAACCCCAACCGUUGUCCCGCCAUCGGGGAGUGUCACCGCGGCAUCACCUGGGACGUGUGUAACUGUUGUGAAGUCUGCGCUAAGGGUUUGAACGAGGAGUGUGGAGGGCCAUGGAGUGCUUACGGUAAGUGUGGUUUCGGACUGACGUGCCUCAAGGAUGCACGGGAAUGCCCUUACCUCUUCCACCCUCGAGGCUCUGGGGCUGACACUGGCUCUAACAUCUGCGACGAGUACCUCUUUAAUGCCAUUGGGCGAUGUGUGCGGAAUGGUAACGUGGUGGAGUCCACCUUCAAGCGGAAUAUGGCCAAAGAAGUGAUCGAAGCAGAGGAACCGCAAGACGACGCAGCGACGCCGCCCAAAGAAGGUGACGCCAUUGUGGGCAAGAGACUCAUGCUUAAAGGUGUACUCAGGGGAGUCGAAUACUGAGUGGUGGUCACAGCCGCAACCUCCAACCAGCCACCGUGAUAGAUCAUGAACAUGCUUCUACAGUAGUAAAAAAUAAUGCUGUGGCUAUGGAGCCGGACCUGACUAACUAUAUAUUUGCUAGGGAUCCGGGUAUUCAUAGUAUGUGUACAAAAUAACUAUUUAUGACAGCAGACAUGAACCAACCUAACUAAAGGAAAAGUAACAGACGUGACCGAUCGCCCAAGAGACUAACGAGCCGAUCAGUGGUGAAGAUAAAAGAUAACCUUACAACAACUUAGGCUGGGUUCAGUUAGAUUUGGUUUGUAUUUUAUGUCGACGCUUCCGCUUAUAACAUAUACUUUACAUAUGACCUAAUUGGCCUCUUGCGUGUGAACUGGGAGGUCAAUUAUUUCAAACAACGAUUAUGCUUACCCGGCUCUCCAACAAAAUUACGGACUGGAAACCUCUUAACAAUUUAUUAUUUUCCGAUCGAUAAGACCAUUUAUAAUUAUCUUGAUUAUGUCAUAUUAUGACACAGCAAAGGUAAUGGAAAAUCUAUAAUUCGAUAUAAUAAUAUUCAGUUGGUUGUCCUACAGAAUUGUAAUCCAUGAGACAACAGCAGAUUUAUGAUCCACACAUCAGACCCUCAGUGACACAAUGUAAACAAAGCAUUUGAACUUUAUUGUUUCAUAAAUGAGUCUGAUGAAAUAUCAGUGUUCAUGUUCCAUUGACGCUGACAAGUCUUUAGUGACUGGAUACUCGCAAAGCACACACCCACAUUUUAUAUAUAUAUAUAUAUAUAUAUAUAUAUAUAUAUAUAUAUAUAUAUAUAUAUAUAUAUAUAUAUAUAUAUAUAUAUAUAUAUAUAUAUUUCAUUAGCCCAAUAAACACGUCUUUGAAACAUUACAUUACGUAAGAAAAUGUCCACAGUUUUAAAGCCCCAAAUAAAUUAUGUAAAAAUGUAUAUCUGUUAUAUAAGAAACUUAAAUUUACGGUGAUGAAACAAAAUACAGACUGUACCAACAUUU